AAAAAUUCGGAAUCAUAGCAUUCGAGAGUGUAUGCUUCGAUCGAAAACCUGAGAGAGAGAGGGAACGGGGAACAGAAAUGGAGGAAGAAUCGGGGAAGCCUGUGAGAUUGAUGAAUUUCGUCUCGGAGGAGCAGUUAGAUGAAGCGAAGAAAGCGAGAGGUGCAAGAGUGGAGGAUGGCACUCUCCUGAGAGACAAGGCCCUCUACGAGAUUUUGAGAGAGAAUAAAGAGAAGAAAGAUGCCGAGUUUAACGAACGCUUCAAGCAUAGACCACCCAAAGCUUUGGAUGAAGAUGAGACCGAGUUUCUUGAUAAGCUGGAAACGACGAGAAGGGAGUAUGAGCGGCAGAUGGCAGAUGAAGAAGCAGAACAGCUCAGGAGUUUCCAGGCAGCAGUGGCUGCACAGUCAGCAAGUGUUCAGGAGUUGAAGGAACCACAGCAUGCACCUUCUCCCACCCAGGAACAGAAACAAACAGGGAAGAGGAACCCGACCAGCCGUCCAUUGAACAUGAUCAUAAAAGUGAAGCCACAGCCAAAGAAGGCUAAGCCAUCAGAGGAAAGCCCUAAAGACACUCCAGGGAGUGGAAAGUCCUCAGCUUUUGUCAAAGCCAUGACCAAGGAUGAUACAAAUAAAAUGGGUCUAGGCCUUGUCUCAUAUUGUGACGAAAGUGAAGACGAUUAACACUCUCAUAUGAGUAAAUCUGCAAUUUUUUUUGGGUUUCA